UCCAUUGUGACAUCAUCACCUAGCAGCAACAUCAGUGAUACAGUGAUGUCAUAGACAGUGACAUAUCAUUGACUGUCAGUCUGCAAAGUCUAAUGCUCAGAUCUAUUUAUAUGUGUCAGUAAGAAACAGGAAGGAAGUAAAGUCAGCAGAAAGUCUGCAACAAUUUAUUCAACAGACAGUAGAAACAGCAACUAACAUCAGAGAACAGCAACGCAAUGUAGGACGAGCAGCUCUGUGUCUUUCAUUGUAUAUGUGAAUUUACACAACGUGAAGAUCAUUGAAGUGAAGUGAAGUGAAGUGAAGUGAAGAUGAACUGCAGUCUUUCAUCGCUGAUCCUGCUGCUGCUCAUCCCAGGCCCUGUAACAUUAGACCGCCUCGCUGUGACCUGUAGUCAACAGAGUGUUUGUGCUGUGAAGGGGUCAGAAGUGACACUGAGUUGCUCUUACUACAACUUCAAAAUCAAAACUGUGUUCUGGUUCAGCGAGAAACAAAGUACAAACUGGAGAAAAAACAAUGAACCUGAAGAUUUGACUUUAGACUCAGAUUACUCAGGACGGGUAGAGCAGAUGGUCACAAAAGACCAUUCAACACUCACAAUAUCAGACGUGAGAGAGAGAGACUCUGGAGAAUAUCAGCUCAUGUUCAUCAUGAAGGAUGGAGUUAAACAUCUCAGCUCAGCGGCCGUCAGUCUAACAGUCACAGUCCUGCAGGUGAGGAUGAAUCCUGCAUCUACAGACCAGACAGAUGAGACAGUAGAACUGAUCUGUGAUUCUUCCUGUGAUUUCACCUCUGGAGUUUACUAUUACUGGAGGAAGAAUGGACAGUAUUUCAGAUAUACACAGUCCCCCAACAUGUCUGUGUCAGUCAGCAGAGAUGCUGACAGCUUUUCUUGUUCUCUCUAUUCACAUCGUGAACAUCCCUCCUCUUCUGUGUGCAUUUCUAAGAGUGGCUGCUGGGAUGUGACUUACACCUCUAGAAGAGUCUGUGCUUUGGUCGGCUCAACAGUAGACAUUUCCUGCACAUAUUCACAUCCCUCUGGUUAUACUGUAAAUAAAACAUUCUGGCAUUACCCAUCUGGGGUCUUCAAGGAUCUGCGUGAGGAGCAUCAGUUUGCUGGUCGUGUGGAGUAUGUGGGAAACAAACUGAGAAUCAAAGAGCUCAAGAUCAGUGACUCUGGAGAAUAUCUAUUUAGGUUCAUCACUAACAUUACAAACGGCAAAUACUCUGGAUCACCUGGAGUCAUUCUUACUGUUACAGAUACACAGGUAACAAGCAACCCAGACAUUAUAUCAGAGGGACAGGAAGUGAUAUUAAUCUGUUCAACUAAAUGCACUCUGAACUACAAACAUACUUACAUCUGGUACAAGAACGGACGACAGGUAACAGAUGGAUUCACUAAAGACAACAAGCUGUACCUGGACUCAGUCAGUGAUGAAGAGCUUCACCAGUAUUCCUGUGCUGUAGGAGACCAUAAGCAGAGCACAGCGCUACGAAACUCUGCAAUCAUUCUGUGUGUGUUUUUGGCUUUUGCACUCAUAGGGGUCCUGUGGUAUAGGAGGAGAAGGUGUACCUUGUCUAAAAUCCACAUGAUUGAAAAGAGAGAGGAGGAGGUUCAGUAUGACUCAGUGCACAAUAACACUGCACCCUCUGACCUCACACAGAAAGCAGAUGCCGCCGACAAUCAAGACAUUCAUUAUUCCAGCAUUCAUUUUAAAACAAAACACCCAUCUUCAAUCACCACCGAUGAAUAUCCAACAGACACCACAGAAACAGAGACUGUCCUCUAUGCCAAUGUAAUGUUCAAAUAACAAUAUUGUUAUUGCAUUUGGAAUGUGGAAAUUGUAUAAUUGACUAUUGCCCUUGGCAACUGAUUUCUUACACUGUGGUUUUCUCACGAUCAUGUAUCACUCUUUUUAAUCGCAUAAUAAAAUAAUUACAGUGCAAA